UACUCUUACCGAAGGCAGCAUUGGAUUUGGAUCUAUUUUUCUAAAUCUAAAUCUAACCCUAACACUAAUCAUUCUCACUUCCCUUCAUUCUAUAUACUUUCUUUUCCUUUCAUCGUAAUUUCUCUCUCAAAGGAACUUCAAUUAUCACUCUACCCUCUCUCUCUCUCUCUCUCUCUCUGGAAGCCGUAGAGGAAGAUUCAAUUCAGCUAGCCAGCUAGCAACUGAGAUCAACUCAUCAAGUUAGCAACAAACUUAACUUUCUUAUAUAUCUUCAAUUCAGAUUCAUUCCAAUUUCAUCUUCAUCUUCUUCUUUUGUAUAUCUAUUGCAAAUUAAGCAUAAUUGAUAUUCAAGAAAAGAAUUAAUUAAUGGAUCAGAUAACAGCACACGGACAUUCACUUCCUCCACCUUUCCACGCAGCAAGAGAUCUUCAUCUUCACCAUCAACAACAACAGCAACAACAACACCUUCAAUUCCACACUUUACAGCAACAAGAUCACGAUGAACAGAGCGGAAGCAGCAGCGGUGGCGGUCUCAACCUCACAAACCGCGAAGAAAACAAGUUCAAAACUGAAUUAGGCAUGGAAGAAGGAGGAGGUGGUGGUUCCGGCGGCGAUAAUUCUAAUGAAAUGUCAAGAAGACCAAGAGGAAGACCAGCCGGAUCCAAAAACAAACCAAAACCGCCUAUCAUCAUCACACGUGACAGCGCAAACGCUUUAAAGACUCACGUCAUGGAAGUUGCUGACGGUUGCGACAUAGUCGAAAGCGUCAACAACUUCGCAAGACGUCGUCAGAGAGGCGUUUGCAUCAUGAGUGGUACUGGAACCGUUACCAACGUAACACUCAGGCAACCGGCUUCCCCUGGAGCGGUAGUCACUCUUCAUGGAAGGUUCGAGAUUCUGUCGCUAGCCGGAUCGUUUCUUCCUCCGCCUGCUCCGCCGGCUGCUUCAGGUUUGACUAUAUAUUUGGCGGGCGGACAAGGUCAGGUUGUUGGAGGAAGUGUUGUUGGUGCUUUGAUUGCUUCUGGACCUGUUGUUAUUAUGUCUGCUUCUUUUAGUAACGCCGCUUAUGAGAGACUUCCUUUGGAAGAUGAUGAUGGUUCUAAUUCGAUGCAACUUCAAGGCGGCGGUGGCGGUGGUUCCCCAAGUGGUGGUGGUGGAGUUCCGCAACAACAGACACAGCUAUUAGGAGAUGCAACUGCUCCACUUUUUCAAGCUAUGCCUCCUCCUAAUCCUAAUCAUAAUAUUCUCAGUUCAGUUCAGAUGCCUUCGGAGACUUUCUGGCCAACCGGUCGUUCUCCUUAUUGAAUUCUGUAAUGGAUUCUCUCAUGUGAAACCUCCUCAUUCACUUUGACUGCAUGCAGUAGAAAUAAAUGAGUGUCUCAGACUUCACUAUACAAAAUUUCCACUGGAGAGAAUUCAUUGUAUUUCCAAUCCAACUGAUACUAUUCGAAGGUGAGUGUGCAUGGUUUGUUUGCAACAUGUUGGGAAGGGAGUUUUGCAACAAGGAAGGAAACUAGAGAGAAUAAUUCAAUCAUGAGAGGUUCUACUUAAAUUUGUUUAAUUUUCUUUAAAUUUUGUGUGUCAUUUUGAUUAUUAUGAAUUAGGUAGGUGAGGUUGAUGUUUAAUUUGAGUUGAGACUGUAAUUAAAUUGAUGUAUCAUUAUUAUCCUCGGUGAGUUUGUUUAUUUAAUUUUAUGCUAGCUAUUCUAUAGUAUUUGGUGAGGUGAUGAAUAAAUGAUUAGAGUUUGAGGUGAAUGAAACAGUACACGUUAGUUACUUGUUUUUCUUCUCAUAUUUUCUGAGUUCAAGGUAACGUCUUCAUUUU